UAGAUCUAGCCCGCACACGGACGGUCGCGCUUUGCGCAUGAGUGUCUCGUCAUGUGUCAUAUGUUAUUUUGGAAGUGUCAUAAUUAUUCUGUAAACAGCCUUAGACUGAAUUAGACAACACACGCGAAAGCGUGUAUGUAAACACCAGCAGCAUGCUGCCGACUAAACCCGUGGGAAAGUCAUGGAAGGAAAUGAAUCGCGAGUACAAGGAGCGUCGAAAAAAGUGGCGCGAAGAGCGUUUGAUAAAACAAGCACGAUUAAAACGGGAAAAGGAUCAACAGGAGAUGAGUGUCGCGGCAGAGGAGAAAACAAACUUUGAGGUUAGGAGUGUGUCGACUGUAAGCAUCGCGGUACCCGGUUCUAUCAUUGACAAUGCACAGUCAUCAGAGUUAAGAACUUACCUGGCUGGACAGGUUGCCAGGGCUGCAUGUAUAUACAAGGUGGACGAAGUGAUCGUGUUCGACGAUAAGGGAGAUUUUACUGAAAGUGAAAGAAAAAAACUUAAAAAUGACGAGGUGUUUGGAGAGGCCAGGCCUGGAUGUUUACAAUUGGCCAGAAUACUUCAAUACUUGGAAUGCCCUCAAUAUCUAAGAAAAUAUUUUUUUCCUAUACACAAAGAUUUGCAAUAUGCUGGCCUGCUCAAUCCUCUGGAUACACCUCACCAUCUUAGACAACAGGAUGCAAGUUUGUUUAGAGAAGGAGUUGUUACAAAUAAGCUAGUUAAAGAAGGAAGAGGGUCUCUGGUAAAUGUAGGACUAUUGACUGAUGUUAGAGUUGAUAAGGUUUUGACAAACGGUUUAAGAGUCACUGUGAAAAUUCCAGAAAAACAAGAAAAUCCUAAUAAACCAAAAGGAUUUAUUGUUCCCCCGCUGCUUCCAAGAUCUGAAACUGGAAUUUACUGGGGUUACACUGUGAGGCUGGCACUAUAUUUUUCAGACAUUUUUGCUAAAUGCCCAUAUUCUGAGGGCUAUGAUGUAACGAUUGGUACAUCGGAUAAGGGAACUCCAAUAGAUGAUGUGCCAUCAAAAAGUCUCAAAUAUAAGCAUGCACUUAUUGUGUUCGGUGGAUUAUCAGGCAUAGAAGAUGCUAUUGAAAAUGAUCCUAAUCUCAAAAUUGAUGAUGCAUCACUAGUCUUUAAUCAUUAUUUUAAUGUGUGCCCUCAACAAGGUUCUAGAACAAUUAGAACGGAGGAAGCUAUUUUAUUAACUCUUGCAGAAUUGAGAACAAAAUUAGAUCCAAAGAAUCCUGCUUUGAAUCAUCCACAGUUUAAUCAUGAGUCUGUAAAAAGUGAUGAUAGUGUAUCAAAUGACCACAAAACAUUGAAGAUAGACUAUUCAAAUUCUUCAGAAUAA